AUCUGCUUUUAUCCUGUGAACACUCAUCAUCGCCGCAUCGAUCGUGCCUUCUGGGUCUUCAUAGAACAGUUAUUUGAACGCUUUGCGUAUCUGUGUGCGAUAUGAUGUCCCAUAAAUAUAAUUAUCACGUGUGUACUUAGCUGGCUAUCAUAACUUAAAGAGAAUAUGGGGGAGUUUAAGGUUCACCGCGUUCGGUUCUUCGACUACAUGCCUGCUGGGAUCAGAUGCAUGGCAUUCAACUACAAAACACAGAGGCUGGCAUUGGCGAGACAGGACGGAACCGUUGAGAUUUUCAACUUCUCUGACAACUACUUCCAGGAAAAGGUGAUUCCAGGAAAUGACUCCCGGUCCAUCGAAGCUGUGUGUUGGGUCGGGGAGCGGCUGUUCACGGCAGGCUUGAACGGGGAAAUAACGGAGUAUGAUUUGUUCAAUCUCCGAUCCAAAUACUCAUUGGACGCGUUUGGAGGUCCCAUCUGGACUUUGGCGUGCAAUGCCCAGGGCACUCACUUAGCGGUCGGGUGUGAAGACGGGUCGGUGAAAGUGUUCGAAGUUUUCGAGGAGAAGAUCCGUUUCGAAAAGAAUCUGGACAGACAGAAAGGCCGCAUUGUCUCUCUGUCCUGGCACUCGUCCGGAACCCAGAUUGCAGCUGGAAUGCUGGACAUGAUCCGCAUCUUCGACGUCCAAUCAGGGCGCGCGGUGCAGAGGAUGCUGGUGGACCGCGGGGCCACGGGGAGGCGGGGCCAGGAGUGCGUGGUCUGGAGCGUGGCCUUCCUGUCGGACCGCACGGUCGUCAGCGGCGACUCGGCCGGGAAGGUCCAGGUCUGGGACGGGGGCAUGGGCACGCUCGUCAGGACGCACCUGGUGUCCAAGUGGGACGUCCUCUGCCUGUCCGUCUCGCAGGACGAGACCAGCCUGGUGGCCGGUACGUCCGAAGGCACCGUGGUCCAGUUCCAGUUUCUCUCGGCCACUCUGGGGGAGGGGGAGGGGGAGCAGGAGUGGGUGAGGACCAGGACCUUCAAGCACCACACCCACGACGUGCGCGCUGUCCUGGAGCUGGAACGCGCCAUCGUGUCCGGAGGUUUGGACACACAGCUAGUGGUCAGGCCCCUCCUGGAUAAGGUGGAAGUCAAGUCCUACGACACAGGAUUGCGCAAGAUCCACUUUCCCCAUCGCAGCCUGGUGUCGUGUGCGGAGCAGGCGGGGCUGCUGCUCUUCCAGUUCCCCGCCCACCUGGAGCUGUGGAGGCUGGGAGAGAGCGACGCCCACGGUUGCCCUGGAGACAGCCUGCCUGUGAGGAGGAAACCUGAGAAACUGCUGGAGCUGAAGAGAAAGGGCGAGGAGCACAUCAGCUGCAGCGCCCUGUCCCGCUGCGGGGGGUGGCUGGCGUACUCCAGCGUGUCCAGCGUGCGGCUAUUCCGUCUGAACUGCAAGGGCAACCAGCUCAGCAUCGUCAAGAUCUCCAAGCUACCGAAGGUCCUGAGCUCCGCCCACCAGCUGUGUUUCUCAGCAGAUUCUUCCCGACUGUUUGCCGCCUCCUCCCACUCCUCAGUCCACGUGAUUUCCCUCAGCCAAUCGGAGUGCAAGUACGUGCACACCUUCAAGCCAGCGUCAGGUUGCACAGAGCCCGUUCACCUGCUGGCUGCCAGUGCGGACGGCGCCUGGCUGGCUACGGCAAACAGGGCAUGCGAGGUCCAUGUCUACAGCUUGCGCAAACUCAAGUCCCACUGCACAGUGCCCGUGUACGGCUCCUGCCCCAGCGCCAUGGCCAUCCACCCCGCCACCAACAACCUGCUCGUGGUGCAUGCCGACCAUCAGAUAUUCGAGUACAGCAUAGCAGAGAAGCGAUACACGGACUGGAGCCGGAAGUUGCAGAGGGAGGGGCUUCACCCUCUGUGGUUCGAGAGGGACACGCCCAUCACGCACGUGAACUUUAACCCCCAGAAGCCCGCCCAGUUCCUCUUGCACGACAUGUACAUGUUCUGCGUCGUCGACCAAAGCCAGCCUCUCCCUGACAGGACCACCCAGUUUUACAAUCAGCUGACCCUGAGGAGCCUAUCAGAGGAGGAGAGACCGAGCCGCAGCCAUGCGUUCAAGGUCUGCAAGAGGUUCCAGCCUCUCCUGAGCAUGCACACGCUGGAGGACGGCGCGCUGGUUGUGGUAGAGCGCCCUCUGCUGGACAUCACCACCCAGCUUCCUGCGCCCGUCAGACAGAAGAAGUUUGCCACAUAAUCAGCCGAACCCUCUUCGGGGAACGCCGCUUUGUAGAGACAUUUUUUCCACGUGGUAAUAAAUGCGAUAUUUCCUUAUA